CAUGUUUUACACACACAGCUGAGGGAAAGGGGAGCCAGUCAGAGAAAAAAACGACCUCAACCCUACCCGAGUACAGGCAGCAGCACUGGCAACCGCCGUCUCUUUGUUCUGUACUGGCUUUGACAACAAAAAAGUGACAUUUAUUUAAUUUGUUUCGUCAUGCCAGCGCGAAAAUUUACUGAUAUGGACUCGCAAGGGACUGUCUAUAUGGAUCACUGCGGGCCCCACUCAAAGCGAAGGAGGCAUGACAGCGAGCAGUCUGUCACCAGUGGCUCCAGCAGCUGUUCCUCUGGACUGGAGUACACAGACCUGGAAGCUGCUGAAGCACUAGUGUGCAUGAGCUCAUGGGGCCAGGGUCACUUCCUCAGCAGCAACAGGGUAACCCCCUGCAAGCCCAGACCCCUCACUCCAGCCUCAGAUUCCUGUGACUCCCUUCUGCCGCCAGAACUUUCAGAAUCCCCAAAGGACUUUGUGUCGCUCUCCUCACUGUGUAUGACUCCUCCUCACAGCCCCAGCUUUGUUGAGACAUCAACAACCAAUGGUGUUCUCCCAUCAUGCUCAGGCCUGUCUGCAUCCUCCCAACGCUGUACAUCCGGACUCCAUCAACCUGUCCUCGCACCCAUUGCUGAAAAGAUGCCAAGUCCACCACAGCCCUGCAAAGCCAUGGUGACAAGUGUCAUCCGCCACACUGCAGACAGCACCCCAUGCCAGCACCACAUUCCAGUGGCCCCCAAUAAUCCAGAGAAAACCACAGUAACAACAGUCUGCCAGCAGCACCAACAGCAGCAGCAGCAAAAUGCGACAAAGACUGAGCAGAUAACCACGCCUCCCUCACCUCCUGCUCCUCUUACAACUGUUAUGAGCGCCUCACAAACAGAGUUGCAACUCAGUUCCUCAAAACCUUGUUUGGACACUGUCUCCACCCCCACCCCUGUCAACUCCCAACCACAAAACAGUCCGCCCACUCCCCUUGCUCCCGCAACACUGUCCCCUCCUCCAGUCACCAGCCCUCAAAUCAUCUGCCAGAUGUUCCCCGUCAGCAGCCAAUCUGGUAUAAUCUCAGCCUUCAUCCCCAGCGCGGUUCAAACAUCCAGUACUGGAAUUCGGACCACUACCGCCACUACCACACCCAUCCUCCCCCAGCCCGCUUCAGCUAACACCACCCCUGUCCAGCAGUCACUUAUUGUAGGCUCAGCGGUUCCCCAGGGCACAGUGAUGCUGGUUCUCCCCCAGUCCUCAAUGUCUCAGGCUGCUCCUCACUGUUCCCAGACUGUCAUGACUCUGGGUAACACCAAGCUGCUACCUCUGGCCCCAGCCCCUGUGUAUGUGCCAGCGGGGCCCAGCGGCAGUACCACAAAGAUGGACUUUUCCCGUAGAAGAAACUAUGUGUGCAAUUUCCCAGGUUGCAGGAAAACCUACUUCAAAAGCUCACACCUCAAGGCACACCUUCGCACACACACAGGUGAGAAGCCUUUCAGUUGUAGCUGGGACGGGUGCGACAAGAGGUUCGCCCGCUCUGAUGAACUCUCCCGCCACCGGCGAACACAUACCGGCGAGAAGAAAUUCGUCUGCCCCGUGUGCGACCGGCGAUUCAUGCGCAGUGAUCACCUCACCAAACACGCCCGCCGCCACAUGACCACAAAGAAAAUUCCCUCCUGGCAGGCUGAUGUUCGGAGUUUGAACAAAAUGGCCGUUGGCAAAACACCGCCAUCCAAACCUGGCCUCGCCACACUUAGCAUGCUGGUACCUGCUGGCUCCAAGUAGACAAUAAAAACUGCCAUGAUAUCCACUCUGAGAUACCACAGGAACACAGGGAGCAGCCAAGCACACAAGGCUGCGCUAUUUUAUUCAUGGGAAAAUAACAGAAAACAUGCACUGGAGUCUCAUUUUUCCUCUCUACUGCUCAUUUGUACAUUAAUGGAUUCUUUUUGUUUACUUUGAUAUAAUAAUUAAUUACAUGUAUGCACACUUGCCAAAGCCUUUGUAUGAAGUUUGUCUUAUACAUUUCACCGUCUCACUUUUUCUCUUGUGUUUAUGUGAAUGUAUAGUUGGUUGUACUUUGAAAAGCAUUUAUUUGUCAUAUUUGGGAAAAUGUAACAUGCAAAACUGUAAAUGUAAAUCUAUAUUAAUCAUCAAUACUUUGAUUAUACCUUGAUUAUA